UGUGUUUAAGCACGAGGCAGUAAUGCGCGCGAGCUUAUGUGUGACAUUGAUGUGCGCGAGCUUAUGUCAGACAGCUCGUGGCGGUUUAAAAAGGCUAGCUAGCCGGUUAGCGGACACUCGACGGUUUUGUGAAGUAACUUAUGAAACACCAAUGACCUUCCUAUCCUACCCGACCAACCAAUUCUAGUUAACUUGUAUUUGUUUAUAGUGCUUUUUAUUUUUCUUUGUCUACAUUUUGACACACAAUUUAACUAAAAAAUCAUACUCAUCAUCAGAAGAAGAGGAGGAGGAAGAAACCCCACCUGUCAAAAAAAGACUGCCAAAUGCACCAAGACCCCCUGCCCCACCUCAAAGACAGAAACAACACAGUUCAAAACACAAUGCACCUACCAUACAACAGGACACAUCAAGGUGGUACAACCAUUGUACAUCGAAAGAAUCCUCACAGGGACCAGGACACGCCCAGGGUGUCCUACCUAAUUUCAAUGCACCUAACAUACAAGACAACCAGUCAACACAGGCAGAACCCUCUCAGGGAACAGGAAAUGGACAGCAUGUUCUAGCUUAUUCACCUACCGUGCAACACGAAACGUCAUUUUGGCCCAUGUCCAACCAGUCCACAUGGGCGGAAUCCUUUCAGGGACCAGGACAUGCCCAGGGUGUCCUACCUCCCAUCAGUGCACCUACCGUACAACACAAAGCGUCAUUGUGGCCAAUGUCCAACCAGUCCACAUGGGUGGAAUCCUCCCAGGGACCAGGACAUGCCCAGGGUGUCCUACCUCAUGUCAGUGCACCUACCGUAAAAGAAACAUUACAGUGUCCCAGGUCCAACCAGUCCACAUGGGUGGAAUCCUCUCACAGAACAGGACAUGGACAGGGUGUCCUUCCUCAUGUCAGUGCACCUACCGUAAAAGAAACAUUACAGUGGCCCAGGUCCAACCAGUCCACAUGGGCAGAAUCCUCUCAGGGAACAGGACAUGCCCAGGGUGUCCUUCCUCAUGUCAGUGCUGUAGAUAGGACUGUCCUGGAGGCACUGCGGGAGAUCGACCUCAAAAUAGGUUACUUAACAUCACUUGAGUCAUUCAUUGGUGGCCGCCGGAUUCUGCCCACACAACAGCUUGCAGGCGAAGAAGAGGUUAAUUUUAUUCCUCUAAAUUCAAUUGAAGACCUUGAAAAUAUGGAAGAAAGACUUCAGAACAAUGAACUGAGGCAAAGGAUGAUUAGCAUGCUGUCACUUAGUGGAGGAGCUUCCAUGCAAAAAACUAUUUGGAGAAUUGCCAGCAAGUUAUUAACCGCUGACCUGGCGAAAAACCUGAACUGGUGUGGCAGGGGGAACAAGCGAGGUCUAAAGAAGACUUUAUUUGGACAAAUGAUUAUUGGUGCAGCCAUGAAAAACCCAAUUCUACCAGCGCCGACUGAGGCAGAUGCCGAAAAAUGUUUAAAAAGACUACCUGGCUGGCACCAGGGAGGCGUUAAUAUCUAUUUUUGGUUAUAAUUCAUUUUAAUUAUUUUUACAGUUAAUAAAUAUUUUUGUUUAAAGUUGAUUUAAAUUAUUCUUACAGAUAAUCACUAUUUUAGUUUAAAGUUAAUUUUUAUUUUUCAUGACAAUUAAUCAUUCUUCUAUUUGUUUAAUAUCUAAUG